AUGGCACAAUACAAAGAUUCAUCCGUAAGCUCCGUGAAGGAGGAGAUCAUUGAACAAUACCAGAUGAAAGCGCUCAUCGGCCAUGGUACCUAUGGACAAGUGAAGCAGGCCUAUCACCGCCUCACAGACACCAAGGUGGCAGUUAAAAUACUCCGGAAGGUUAAGUCCUCCGAACUUCGGAUAAAGAAUGAGGUGGACAUUUUUAAGACGGUAAGGCACAAACACAUCAUCAGGUUGUACCAGGUGAUAGAGAAGGAGGAGUCUGUGUAUCUCAUCAUGGAACUGGCCACUAGAGGACACCUCCUGGCGUGGAUCCGAAAAUCCAGCCGCCUAUGUGAGGAUGAAGCCAGGAGGCUCUUCACACAAACUGUAAGUGCUGUUCACUACCUACACCAGAAUAAAAUUGCACACCGAGAUCUUAAGCCCAACAACAUCCUGUUGGACAACGAGGGCAAUAUCAAAGUCAGUGAUUUUGGUCUGAGCACCCGGGUCACCUGGGGGCAGUUGGUGACACAUGCAUGUGGUGCUGUACUAUUCCGCCCCCCUGAAAUGUUCUUGCUAAAAUGUCACGAUGGCUGCAAGGUGGAUGUCUGGAGCUUAGGUAUCCUUUUAUAUUUUAUUAUAACGGGAAAGUUCCCUUUUGAGGGUAGGGAUGCGAUCCAGGUACGGUCACAAGUCCUGAAGGGCAGGUAUGGGAUUCCAUAUCACCUGUCUGCAAAAGGACAAAAUCUAUUAUGCCAACUGUUAAGUGUGGACCCGAACCAGAGGCCCAACACUGAACAAAUAAUGGAGCACCCAUGGCUCACACCCUUUAAGGAAUGUUUAGUGUGUGCAAAUGAGCCAUGGCCUAACAAGCUGGACCCCAUCAUUCUUAGAGUAAUGUGUGACAUGGGAUACCACCCCUGUGAUAUCCAGCGAUCUAUAAAGGAUAGAACAUUCAAUGAGGCCAUGGGCACGUACCUUUUAGUGAAAGAAAAGCAAAAUCAGACUGACAGCAGUAUCAACUUGAAAAAAGUGCCCCCAACUGUGCCUCCAUGCCCAACUCCUGCAGAACUUUCCAACUUCCGUGUCCCUAUAAAGAGGAGAGCCAGUUUACCUGCCAGGCUUACUUCCACCUUGUCACCGGAAUUUCAAUCACUUUCUGUUGACAAACAGUUGCCUCACAAGAGAGGCCUAAGUGCCACUCUUCCUGCCAUUCCCCUCUGCUUCCUGCAGAGGGACCACAGUGCCAGCAUAGACCCAGGCCAGGAUUCUGUGGUUUCCCUUGGCUGCUCUUUCUUCAUAAGCAGCAGUGAAAGAUUUCCCCCUGAACAGCCACAUGAUGAGACCAUAACCUCUAAGGUGAAGAAGAGAUCACGCUGGAGGAGGGUAGCUAGCAGGAUAGCCACAAUUUUUCACAGAAUAUGCUUCUGUAUGCGGGCCCCAAAGUAA